AUGAGUGAUUCAAGUGUGGAAAAUCCAGGGCAAACCCUAGAUGAAUCAGAAGAAAAACUUUGUUGUUCAAAUGAAGUUAAGGUUUAUGAAAACAAUGAAGAGGUUAUCCCCAAUAAGAUCGAAGAAAUUCCAACUCAGGUAAAUGUAUGUUUAGCGGAAACACACAGAAGAUCAAUUUGUUCCGAAGAAAAAGAAGGGGAACUUGCUUUAGAUGUUAUCGCUUCAAAUUCUUAUGAACUGCCAGGACCUGUCAAAGUUUUUGGAUUUGAUUCCACAGAAGUCUUUACAACCAAUAAGAUUUUCGGUUCAAAAGAUGAAGUUGUAAAGUGGUGCCGUGAUGUGGGAAAGAAGAAAAAUAUGGUGAUUGUGAUUGUAAAGGGAGAAAGUAAAAAUCAAGGAGGUAAAGGUUUGUUUGUUGAAUUAUCAUGUGAAAGAAGUGGAAAACAUAGAAAGCUUAAAAUAGAUGAAAGUUUGUUGAAUCCAAAUGUAAAGCGAAGAAAAGGAACAUCAACCAAAAAAUGCAGGUGUCCUUUUAGACUAAGGUCAGCAUGUCUAGAUACUAAUACAUGGAAAUUAACCGUAAGGGUUGGAUAUCAUAACCAUUUGGAUGCUGACACUCUAUUAGGCCAUGCAUAUGCUGCUAGAUUAACGAACGACGAAGAAGAAGAUGUUAUUUUAUUGGCGGCAGGCGGUGCAAAACCUAAAAGCAUACUCAACACUAUAAAGGAAAAGUACCCAGAUAAUGUUUCUACUGUGAGGACUAUUCGUAAUGCUAAACUAAGGCAUGGUAUAUCCGAAAGUGCAGGAAGGACUAUCUUACAACUACUUCAUGCUUAUCUUGAUCAAAAUCAUUAUGUGACAUGGAAUAGGCGAAUUCCCGAGACUGAUGAACUGACCGACAUUUUUUGGGCUAAUCCAGAAUUUACAAUCUGCGCCAGAUGUUUUCCUUCCAUGGUUAUAAUAGAUUGUACUUACAAGACCAACAGAUAG